GUCCCGGAGGAUGCGUGCCGUGGCAAGAAUGGCGGGCGUGCGCGCCGGGCCCCGGGCCACCGGCCGCUGAUGGAGUUGGCCGACGAGCCGCCCGAGGCGCUGACGGCCGGCGACCCCUGGCAGCGCGCCUUCCACAUCCUGGUGCGCGAGUAUGUGGUCACCUUCCUGCUGUUCGUACUGCUGCUGGCGCUGGCGUACGGCCUGGUGCAGCGGUACGCGCGGCGCGAGCAGGCCGAGUACGCCGUGCGUGAUGACGAGGAGGCGACCGUACACCGCACCGCGCUGCUGCUCUGCACGUUCUCGCUGGCGCUGGCUGGCGGCGCCGCCCUGCUGCUGCCCAUCUCGAUCACGGCCAACGAGAUCCUGCUCUACUACCCGGACUCGUACUACAUGCAGUGGCUCAACAGCUCGCUGAUACAGGGCAUCUGGAAGUACAUCUUCCUGCUGUCCAACCUGUCGCUGUUCGUGCUGCUGCCGUUCGCGUACCUGUUCACCGAGUCGGAGGGCUUCGCCGGCGCACGCAAGGGGCUCCUCUCGCGCGUCUACGAGACGUUCACCGUGCUCUCCCUGCUCGCCGUCCUCGUCGUCGGCAUCGCGUACGUGCUGUCGGCCUUCCUGGACGGCGAGAGCGGCCGGCGCAGCCUGCAGACGGUGUGGACCGCGCACCUGCCGCUGCUCUACUCCUUCAUCUCCAGCUUCGGCGUGCUGCUGCUGCUGCUCUGCACGCCGCUCGGCUUCGCCCGCCUCUUCGACCUGGUGGGCCGGCUGCUGGUGCGGCCGCAUCUCAUGGACGACGUGGAGGAGCGGUGCGCGGCGGCGCGGCUGGAGGCGGCCGCGCUGGUACGCCGCCUGGCUGCCGCCGCCGCCGCCGCGCCCCAGCCGCUCCUCUGCCCGGAGGAGGAGGAGGCCGAGCCGGCCGUGCGGCUGGCGGCCGUGCGCGAGGAGCUGGCGCGGCUGGAGCGGCGCCGGCGCGCCUCACCGCUGGAGCGGAACCUCGGCUACCCGCUGGUGAUGCUGGCGCUGCUGGCGCUGACGGCCGCCGCCGAGUUCAUGGUGCUGCGGAACUCGGUGGAGCUGCUGGUCGGCGUCAAGGCGCUACCACUCAGCACGCAGCAGGUGACGCUCGGCAUCACGUCGCUGUCGGCCCUGGGUCCGGUGGGCGCCGCCCUGGAGAUCGUGCUCAUCGGCUACUUCCUGCUGACCUCGCUGGUCGGCUUCUACUCGCUGCCGGCGUUCAGUCGGCUACGGCCGGCGGUGGCCGACACCCCGCUGCCGGCGCUGAUCGCCAACUGCGCCGUCAUGCUGGUCAUCUCGUCGGCGCUGCCGCUGCUCAUCCGCACGCUCGGCAUCACCAACUUCGACCUGCUCGGACACUACGGCAAGGUGCGCUGGCUCGGCGACUUCUACAUCGUCUUCUUCUACAACAUCGUGUUCGCCGUGGCGUCGGCGCUGUGCCUGGUGAACAAGUUCACGGCGUCGGUGCGGCAGGCGCUGUUCCGGCGGCUGGCGGCGCUGCGGCGGAGCCUGCAGGCCGACCGGUCCGCGCUGCGCCGGCGCGACGCCUCCGGCUCGGCGGCGGCCGCUCCGGCCGGCGCGCCGCAGAAGCCGCCGCCGCCCGGCUGACGGGCGGCCGGGCUGGGCAGGGCGCGGCGGCGGCCGUGGAGGGGUGACAGGUGCGCCUGGUGGGAGAAGGAGGGGAGAGGCAGAAACGGCUGGUAUUUCGUCAGGAGUCUUUGGCACUGGAAGGGGCCGCAUAUGCUCCGGUAGGAGGCGCUUGUGUGCUGGGAUGAGUGGGUGGGUUCUUGAGGAAUGAUUCACGCGAUGUGGAGCUUGGCUCGUGCGGGGAUUGCGUGUGCACCACACAUCCCGGGCGUGUGGCGUCUCCCGGGGGAGCGAUAGCGCCAUGUUGAAGGGAGCCUCGUGGUCGCGGGAGCAUGCUGACCGUGGUGUAUCGCGAAUGGCGAGAGCGGACUCAGCGAGCCUUGCGACGUCUCCGCUGGGAGGCGCGGUCGAAGCUCAGCAAGUCAGAAGUCGAGAGGGAAGACGGUCGGACGGCCGCGCCGCUGUGGCGCCUGCGCCGGCCGCUGGAGACGGAGCUCUCUGUGGCGGCCGGCCGG